CAGCAACAAAGUAAUACCCAUCUCUCCUAUUUCCUCUAAUACAGUUGCAGCUGUGGCUUAAUUUCAUCACACAGAGGAAAUCAUAUCCAAAUAAUGACGAUGGGUGAUAACAAGAACCAGAUUCUGCAACACAACCAAGUGUUUGACGUCUCACUCAAUAUGCCGCCGCAGGGAGGCUCCAAGUGCUUUGAUGAUGAUGGCCGUCUCAAAAGAACUGGAACUGUUUGGACUGCAAGUGCUCACAUUAUUACUGCUGUAAUUGGGUCUGGUGUUCUAUCCUUGGCUUGGGCAAUAGCUCAGCUUGGAUGGGUGGCCGGCCCUGCUGUCAUGUUCUUGUUCUCUUUGGUGACUUACUACACUUCAACUCUGCUCUCUGCUUGCUACCGCUCCGGCGACUCCGACACGGGAAAAAGAAACUACACUUACAUGGAUGCUGUUCAAUCCAACCUUGGUGGAUUUAAGGUUAAGAUUUGUGGAUAUGUUCAGUACUUGAACCUUUUUGGAGUUGCCAUUGGAUACACUAUAGCAUCAUCCAUUAGCAUGAUGGCAAUCAAGAGGUCUAACUGCUUCCACAAAACUGGUGGAAAAGAUCCAUGCCUUGUCAACAGCAACCCCUACAUGAUUGCAUUUGGCAUAGCAGAAAUCAUUUUCUCACAGAUUCCAGACUUCGAUCAGCUGUGGUGGCUUUCCAUUGUUGCGGCAGUCAUGUCCUUCACUUACUCAACAAUUGGACUUGGCCUUGGAAUUGCUAAAGUUGCAGAAACUGGAACAAUCAUGGGAAGUAUGACUGGAAUAAGCGUUGGAACUGUGUCUGAAACCGAAAAGAUGUGGAGGAGCUUCCAAGCUCUUGGCGACAUAGCUUUUGCCUACUCUUACUCUCUCAUUUUGAUUGAAAUUCAGGACACAGUUAGAUCUCCACCAUCUGAAGCCAAGACAAUGAAGAAGGCCACUAUAAUUAGUGUUGCAGUGACAACCCUUUUCUACAUGCUAUGUGGUUGCAUGGGCUAUGCUGCUUUCGGUGAUUUGUCCCCUGGAAACUUGCUCACCGGCUUUGGCUUCUAUAACCCAUACUGGCUCUUAGACAUUGCCAAUGUUGCUAUAGUAGUCCACCUUGUUGGUGCAUACCAAGUCUACUGCCAACCUUUAUUUGCUUUUGUUGAGAAAGCAGCAGCAAGAAAGUACCCCGAUAGCGAAUUUAUCUCAAGAGAAAUCAAAGUCCCAAUUCCUGGUGUUGGCCAUUGCAACCUUAACCUCUUCAGAUUGGUGUGGAGGACUGCCUUUGUGAUUGUUACCACUGUAAUCUCUAUGCUACUCCCAUUCUUUAACGAUGUGGUUGGACUUCUUGGAGCUUUAGGAUUCUGGCCAUUAACUGUUUACUUCCCAGUUGAGAUGUACAUUGUGCAGAAGAGGAUACCAAGGUGGAGCACAAGAUGGCUUUGCCUCCAAAUCCUAAGUGUUGCUUGCCUCAUAAUAACCAUAGCUGCUGCUGCUGGCUCAAUUGCUGGGGUGAUUUCUGACCUCAAGACCUAUAAGCCCUUCAAGAGUUAGCCAGUUCCACCAUUAAUUAGCAUUCCUUGAUCAAGGAAAGAGACUUGGUCAUUAGGGUCAAGUCCUCAUGUUCAUAUAACUAAAGCUUCAAUUGGUGAUGUUGUUAGUUACUUUCUGUAUGCGUCGUUUUCACUGUCUUCAAAUGAAGGAAAGGCUUUGGCCAUGUAUGUAUGUAUUUCUCCAAAUCAAUGAAGAGUAUUUCCCAAGUUACUUACGUUAUUUUCUCCA